GUAACUUAGUAUUCCUCCUCUAGACCACCACUACCAGUAGUUACUACCACCACUACUACUACAACCACCACCACCACCACCACCAACCACCUCGAUUGGAAUCACAAGAACACCCUAGAAUCCAACUCUCCCCCGCUCCUCAAUCGAUCUCUCCCACAACCCUGACAGCCAGUCGUGCUUCCUAUCACGCGACGGUCCAUGUCCCACCGGCCCUAUAUGCGGAUCGUCUCGCUCUGUCUCGUCACCAAUCGAUCCUAAACUCGCGUCCCGUUUCCUGUUGAAUUCCCGGCCCUCGAUCUCCGUCCCGCCCCAAGCUGUCCUUCCACCAUCCGACCUUCCUGGAUCUCAACUUCUAUCGCUCCCAACGGUCGCUGGUCCGCCUUCUGGUCCUCCGGGACUGCAUGCAGGCAUGGGUGAAAUAGGAAACGCUUGUUUGGCCUGUCUGGCGGCCAUCGACCGGUGGUGCCAUAUCACUGCCUGCCUGGGUUCCGUCAAAGGUCGCUCGAGGGAUGGAAUCUAUGAGACAACCCUGGCCGACAGUGAGCGGGAGGCUGUCGCAGACUUGCUGCAGUAUCUGGAGAAUCGUGCUGAAACUGAUUUCUUCUCCGGCGAACCACUGCGGGCGCUGAGUACGCUGGUCUAUUCAGAUAACGUGGAUCUACAGCGUAGUGCUGCUUUGACAUUUGCAGAGAUCACUGAGCGAGAUGUCCGCGAAGUCGACAGAGAUACCCUCGAACCGAUCCUUUUCUUGCUGCAGAGCCCCGACAUCGAAGUCCAACGGGCAGCUAGUGCUGCCCUGGGUAACUUGGCGGUGAACACGGAGAACAAGGUCUUGAUCGUGGCCCUUGGAGGUCUUUCGCCCCUGAUACGACAGAUGAUGUCACCCAAUGUGGAAGUACAAUGCAACGCCGUCGGAUGCAUCACAAAUUUGGCUACGCAUGAAGACAACAAAGCCAAGAUCGCCCGUUCGGGCGCCCUGGGUCCGUUGACGCGACUUGCAAAGUCGAAGGAUAUGCGGGUACAGCGAAAUGCUACAGGCGCGCUGUUGAACAUGACACAUUCGGAUGACAACCGGCAACAACUUGUCAACGCCGGUGCUAUUCCAGUGCUCGUGCAAUUGCUCUCGUCCCCCGAUGUUGACGUUCAAUAUUACUGCACAACCGCUCUUAGCAACAUCGCAGUUGACGCUGCCAACCGCAAACGGCUUGCACAGACCGAGUCGCGCCUGGUGCAGUCACUCGUCCAAUUGAUGGACUCUUCUACUCCCAAGGUCCAGUGCCAAGCAGCCCUGGCCUUGCGAAAUCUCGCCUCCGACGAGAAGUAUCAGCUUGAGAUCGUCAGAGCAAAGGGUCUUCCACCGCUGCUCCGGCUUCUUCAAUCUUCCUAUCUCCCCCUUAUCCUCUCUGCUGUCGCCUGCAUUCGCAACAUCUCGAUCCACCCGCUCAACGAAUCUCCAAUCAUCGAGGCUGGUUUCCUAAAGCCUCUUGUCGACCUUCUCGGCUCCACAGACAAUGAAGAAAUCCAGUGUCAUGCUAUCUCCACCUUGCGCAACCUUGCGGCUAGUUCGGACCGCAACAAGGAGCUUGUCCUUCAGGCUGGAGCGGUGCAGAAGUGCAAGGAUCUGGUUCUACAGGUUCCUCUGAGCGUUCAGUCCGAGAUGACUGCCGCGAUUGCGGUUCUGGCUCUCAGCGACGACUUGAAGUCGCAUCUGCUGAACUUGGGUGUUUUUGAUGUUUUGAUCCCCCUAACUGCUUCGGAAAGCAUUGAGGUACAAGGAAACAGUGCUGCUGCGUUGGGAAAUCUAUCUUCUAAAGUCGGUGACUACUCUAUCUUUGUUCGGGACUGGGCGGAUCCCAAUGGCGGAAUCCACGGCUACCUGAGCAGGUUCCUCGCUAGCGGUGAUCCGACGUUCCAGCAUAUUGCUAUCUGGACUCUCCUCCAGCUGCUCGAGUCCGAGGACAAGAGACUUAUCGGCUACAUCUCGAAAUCCGAAGACAUUGUCCAGAUGGUCAAGGCCAUAUCCGACAAGAAUAUCGAAUCUGAUGACGAGGACGCCGAAGAUGGUGAAGGUGAGGUCAUCGCGCUGGCACGCCGAUGUCUCGAAUUGCUCGGUCAGGGUCCCAAGCAGACUCUGGUCGAGGGUUAGAGCUGCGUUCAUUAUGUAUCUGUCUUUUUUUUUACGUCCGCUGUCUCUGUCAACAUACUCCGUUCGCUUUUCGUGCUUUCCUAUUGUCUAUCUAUUGAUGCAGGGUGUUUAACGGGCAUUGAUUUUGGUGGUUAUUCUCAUUUUAUUGUAAUGAGCGAGCAUUGGUGUGAUGAGGUUCUCACUUGGGAUUUUCAUUCUGUUGCUGCGUGGCCAGCAAUAUGGAGCUGUUACUGCCUCUGUACCUCCGCAUAAGCGGCUUUGAUCAUGCUAGAUUUACUUAUACAGCUUUAAUAGCACUGAUACCUUGUGUGAUUUAUAAGACGCUGCAUCUAAUUUUAUAUCCAAUGUGGCUACAGGCAUUGAUCAACACGACAGUUUGAGACGGGGGAACUCUUUUUGUAUGUAUAUCAUGUUUCUUGUAG